ACUUGCUAUUAGCAUAUUAAAUAGGUUUUGCGAUAUGUAAAUUAAUUGCUUAUAUUGAAUAUAUGUAUACGUUGACAAUGGUAUAUAUAAAAGAAAAUCCAAAUGUAAAUAAUGUGCACUACUGUAUUCAAUUCGCGAUCAUGAAUCGAAAUAGUUCUUGUUUUUUGUUUAGCUGGCAUAUUAUGUUACUAGUUGUACAAAUAACUUCUGCAAAACCAACCAGUUCUGGAAAAUUCGGCAUUGAAGAUUUUGAGAAUUAUUUUAAUGAAAUCAAUGUUGAUGACGAAGCGGCCGACGAUAAAACGCGGAAUGCAGUAAAUUCACCGUUACAGCGCUGGCCCAGCAAUUUAUUAUACUACACAAUCUCAACCGACUAUAAUAAGGAAGAGGUAGAUAAUGUCCAUGCGGCAUUAUUGGUAUUUAACGAAAGUACAUGCUUGAGAUUCAGACAGUAUGAUGUACGUCAGGGUGGAAAUAUAAGGUACAUCAAUUAUAAGAAAUCUUCGGACUUGUGUGGUACAAAAGUUGGCUUUAGUCCGCUAACUCCAACGGGACCACAUGAUGUGACUCUAAAUCCUUAUUGUUUAAGUGAACGUGGUGUUAUACAACAUGAAACUUUGCAUGUUCUUGGCCUCUACCACGAACAGAGCCGUCCAGAUCGCAAUAAAUACGUGAAAAUUGAUUAUUCCAAUAUUCCUCAAAAAUAUUGGUCACAAUUUAUCGCCUAUCCCGAAAUAUACACUACUACUUAUAAUAUCAUGUACGACUAUGAAAGUCUAAUGCAUUAUUCGGAGUUUGCUUUCUCAAAGGACCGUACAAAACCAUCAAUGCGUGCAAGAAGUGGUAAUACGGUAAUAGAACGUAAAAUGGGGCAAAUAGUUGGCCCAUCGGAAGGCGACCUAAAGAAGAUUAAUAUAAUGUACAAAUGUAAACCAUCAAAAUAAGAAAGUGGAGUAUUCGCCAAGUGAUGACUGAAAAAGUAAAUAUUUUUGUGUUUUUUGCCAGCUUUAUGUAUAGGUAUAAUGUAAAUACAUAUGUAUUUGAAUGUUUUCCAGGAGCAGGAAAUAACGUUUUAUAUAAUGCACAAAGUAUUAAAUAUUGUAAGUUUGCUUGUAUUAUAUAAAUAUAUAUUUUGAUUCAUAUAAUAUAAAAAAAAAGAAAUAAAAAUAUUAAAUAUUGAAAAA